UUUCGGCUCAUGAAAUCGAUCAAACCCAGUGCUUUGGUUAUGCAUUGAUAAAUAGAGAUAAAUACAAAGUACGUUUUAGUGGAAAUGCUGUCCAUAACAAGAAAUAUACUACAAAGCCGUUGUUAUGCCGGCCGCCGUUUUACACAACAAAAUUCAUCCCGAUAUAAAUCCUCAACGAUUACUUCCACAAAACAGGAGCAAGAACAUGAGUCGGAGAGUGAAAUAAAAAUCAACACGAAGCCUCAACACCAGAGACUGCAGAAGCGCAAACCUUUGAUGAAAAAUAUGUUCAUCGGUGUUGUUGAUACGGAUUUACUGGUGUAUCCAGAGUCACUCAACCGAGAGGAACAGGCGCGUGUGGUCUCCGAGCGAAAAUCUGUCGAAGGCAUUCUAGGAAAGGACGGGUUAACAGACCUCAGGCAACGACUCGCGGAGGUCGGAGUUUUCGGUUUGCAGUCACCCAUGAACCACGGGGGUAAACAUCUAAUCGAAACAGAACUGGCGUACUUCAAUGAGAUUAUAUCGGAGGAUUUUUCCACCGCAUUGGAAGCCGAACAACAUAACGCGAUUGUGCAGAUUCUGAAUAAAUUCGGUUCGGAACAAUUGAAAUACAAAUGCUUGGAUGUGCUGAGUAGUGGUACGAAAAUCGCUAGUAGCGCGCUGUUUGAGUUGGAAGCUCCUAGCGGAGCAACGUUUAGCACUACCGCUGCACUGAAUUCCACGGGAGGUCAUUGGUUGAUCAAUGGAAGCAAAUCGUUUGUGACCAAUGGUGAUAAAGCGGGAUAUUUGCUGGUGCUGGCGUCGACCGAAAAUGUCGACACUAAAACAAAUUACGAUACAUCGAUAACGGCGUUUCUGGUGGAUACAUCCACCAAGGGCGUCGUGUCAUCUAAUCCAGAUGAAACAUUGGGUCUAAAUGAUGGCAAACAGGUGAACGUUACAUUUCAAAAUGUAGAGGUUCCGUGUGAUAAUGUUAUUGGAGCUGAUGGCAAAGGAACAGAAGUGUUGGUUGAACUUCUUAAAACCACCCGCAUCCAGACAAGUGUACUGGGCGUAUAUUUGAUGAAACAGUUGUUAAACAAACUCACGCAUUACUGCAUCGAAACUAAAACCGGUUCCGGUCAUAUAAUGGAAAUCGAAAACAUCCGGGAGGAACUGUCCCGCUCCACUUGCUGGAUAUACGCAGCGGAGAGUAUGAUAUAUCUAACGACAGGCCUUUUGGAUGAUUUUAUCGAUCAGGAUGCCGAAAUGGAGGCAGCAAUAACCAAAGUUUUCAUGAGCGAGAAGCUUCUGGAGAUGUCAAUGCUACCGCUGCGUUUGAUAGGCCCACAGACUCUGAUCAAAGGUAAUGAAUUCGAGACACUACUACGAAACGCAGUUCAAUUUUUUGGCCGCGGAGAAACCCUUGAUUCGAUCAAAUUUUUUAUCGCGCUGGCUGGUUUACAUCAUACAGGGAUGUCUGCCUACGAGACGAUCAAAAAGGAUCGCAACCCAGCGAUGAACCCUUCCCACGUCAUAUCGAAAAUGUUCGAUAGGAACACUAUCGAUACACCGAAGCAAUUCGUGAACCUCGAGCACUACAUGCACCCAUCACUAGAUGCCGCGGCUCAUUGGAUUGAGUUCUCGAUCACACGUUUGAAACUUGCCACGGAGCAUGCCCUCUCGAGGCACGGGAUUGAAAUAGUCAGCAAACACAUAGAACUGGUGAGGCUGGCUGACAUCGCUGUUCUCAUAUACGCAAUGGUUGCGACCGCUGCCCGUGCCUCUCGGUCGUACUGCAUAGGCUUGCGGCAUGGUGAGCAGGAAAUUUGCCUUGCCAAUGCAUUUUGUCGGGAGUCAUCGGAUGCUAUCCUACGUUUGGCCAAGGACCUUGAGCAGGGACCGUACAUCACUAACGAUGCAAACCACAACUCGCUGGCAGAGUAUUUGUUUGGACAGAAGACAUACUUCUUUGAACAUCCGCUAACGCGAAAUUUCUAGGCGAGCCUUUAAAUAAAUAUAUGUACCUCAUAAAGAUAA